AUGCCAUUUGAAGACAGUGCGAAGCUUCGCACAGUGUCAUUGGGAGGCUUCAAAAAUGUGAUGCUCAAUGAAGAAUACUUGGAGGGCCCCAACUCUGACUUCUUGAUGCAAGGGCGGGAGACCUACUGGCAAGCAUCUGGCCAGUACUUCAUGUAUUAUUGCCAACGCUUCCGCAAGUGGCGCAUUGCUGAAAUCAGUGCAUUCAGCAGGAAUAUGGAUGGCCAGUGCUUUGCUUUUGUCUCAGAUGCAUAUCCACAUAGAGAUAUUUUGAACAAGACCAUGCUGAAGGGCUUUAUCGAGGUCGAAGAUGGAGAGUGGGUCAGCAGAGAAGAUGCUGGAGUGGUAGCUUUGGGGAAGCUAGGAGAUCAAAUGGAUGUAAGUGAAGAUGAAACCGAAGACGAAGUAGCAGAGUCAGAAGGCUCAGGAGACCCAGAGACUUGUGCGAAUGCAGGGACGGAGGAAGCACCGGCGGCGGACUCCAAGUGCCCAGUCAUGCCAGUUGUCAGGAAGGCCCGGGACAAAGCUUUGCAGGUUGCAAAAGCAGCGGGAAAAUGGGCUCGAAGGCUUUUCCCGAAGUAUCUGGGAGCCCCUGAUGAAGAUGAUGUAGAUGCAGAUGAUGAACAUAAUCCUCUUUUUCCUUCAGGCAAUUGCGAGAUCAAAACUCUAACCGGCUGCAACUUUAAGGAGCAGUUUUUCCUCCAAAAGCAGCGAAACCGAACUUUGGAGGAACAACGAGCAGAGAUGCAGCGACUGCAGACCAUGGAGGAUGUUGUGAUGAAGCCAAACCAAAAGGCUUGGCUGACAACACGUCUCAGCAUUCUCAAACAACUCAUUGAGGUCAGUCAAGUUUUCUUAAACAGCUUCUUGCUGAGCUCAGCUGGCGUCUUGCUGAGCUCAGCUGGUGCACAGGAGGAAAGCCGCGCUCCUGAUGCGCUUGAACGCUUGCCCUCAGACAUGUGGUUUGAUGGGCAGGUGGGUGACUUUUUGCCCACAGGUGUUUUUGUGCAUGUGCUAAGAGAUCCUCGCGAGAAGCCACUUUUGGGCUUUUUGCCAUCAUUCCUGUUCGAAACAGGAUUUGAGCUGGAAGCAAUCCGUGGAAAGAGAAUCAAAGUCAGAAAAGAAAGCUUCAAUCCUGGGAAAGGUUUGCUGUUAACUAUGCAGAAGACCUAG